AUGUCUCCACGAUUUGCAGAUAUGAUUAGUAGCAGACAACGAAGGAAUGAAAAGUCAUAUCGUUCCGAAGCAGGUUGCUUAGUAUCUCAAGUUAGAUGCGACUCUUCACAGACGGUCAAUUUAAUCAAAUUUGAUUGGCUCUCUUCUGAAAUCAGUGCUGAAUUAGCAAAAAUUGUGUUGGAAGAAGAACUUGGGAUUUGUGCUGAAAUUGUGACUCUGGGAAAUGUCACAUAUGCGUUGGAUGAAAUGGCUAGAAAUGGAGACCAAACUCACUACGUAAUGCUUGAGUUUUGGCGUCAAACACGUAAAUCCUUGUAUUACGAAUAUGUGGAACAACAAAAAACAGUUGUUGAUGCAGGCUCUCUUGGACUUUAUGGAAAAGCUGGAUGGUUUGUAUUUUCCUUCAUGACUCGAGAAUAUCCAGGAAUUGAUGUAUAUCGAGAAUAUCGUACAGACAGAGCUGUUCGGUAUUUAGCUGCCAAUUCUUCAGCAACUAUGGGACGUUUUCUAGGACCUGCCAAGACUUGGCUUUCGUUGGAUGCACAAAUAAUCAACAACUUAAAGUUAAAACUGCAAAUAGAGUAUGCAAAUGACAAAAAUACAGAAGACCAUAUUGUCACCAGAAUUGAAAGAGCUUUUUUAGAACGAAAACCAUCUCUAUUUUAUUUCUGGACACCCCACUUUCUGUUCAGUGCAAUUAAUUUAGAUCCUGUCUAUUUACCUGGGUACAGCGAGAGUUGUUGGACUGAAUACAAUCAACAACAUGGCUUAAUAGAUUGUGAUUAUCCUGCAGAUCUAUUAACAAAACUCACAAGUAGAAGUGUGCACAAAGAUGGACGUCUCAAUCAAUUUUUCCGACUAUUUUCAUUUCAAUCACAACAAGACAUUAUUGACAUUAUGGAGGAUGUCGCAUACAGUAACAUGAGCUCAUUCGCUGCCUCUUGUAAGUGGAUUAAGAACAAUACAGCCCUUGUCAAGUCGUGGCUGCCAGAAAACAUGUCAAAAGAAAGUGUAGCCUUAAUAGGAACCGUUGUGGGUUCUGUCACCAUUCUCAUUUUUGUAUUUGGAUUGAUCUUUGUGAUUGGUUUAAUUUUUUGCUGCAUGUAUCGAAGAAAGUUGAGAAAGCACGCGUUAAGGUAUGCCCCCAAAACCUUACCCGUGACUGUUGUAUUUACAGAUAUUCAAAACUCAACGUUACUUUGGAGUACAUGUCCUGACAAGAUGAAACACGUGUUAGAAAUUCAUAAUCUCAUCAUGCGAGUGAAUAUUGAAAAAUACCAAGGGUAUGAAUGUAAAACUCAAGGAGAUUCCUUUAUGGUGGCUUUUGAGAGUCCGUUAAUGGCGCUUGGAUUUUGCUUGAGUGUUCAACGAGAUUUAUUGCUUGCGAAUUGGCCACUCGAAAUGUUGGAUUACGAAGACAUGAGAGAAGUCAAAUGGGAAGAAAAGCUCAUCUAUCGUGGUCCUCGUGUGAGGAUGGGAGUUCAUACUGGUAGUGAUUGUGAAAUUCACAAGGACAAAACCACAAAAAGAUUUGACUAUAUUGGAAACUCGAUUAACAAGGCAAGCAAAGUUGAGAGCAUUUCAGUGGGAGGAAGAGUGUAUUGCUCGGAAGAGUUUAUUGAGGCACUCAAGCAAACAGUAUUGACACAACUCAUGACUGUUAAACAGGAUUCUGACACCAUACUCAAAAAACUUGCAGAAAACGACAUUCAAUUUUUCAAUGUUGAUGAGGUUGACGAUCAGGAAGUUUACUGGGUCAUGGAAUUCAGUUUUGAUCGAACGCUUUUUAUUCAACAAUUCGAGCUAAAACUUGGUGUGGAUAAGGAAGUUGCAGCAAAAAUCCAACUCGGAGAAGACAUGAAACGAUUUAUUUGUGACUCUGACUCAUUCAGUCAAGAACAAAAGAGCAAACUUGUGUUUGAUUUUAUUACUGUUGUCAAUCAUGACAAUAUUCGCGACCGCAUUGCACCGUGGAGUCUUGUUCCUGUCACUAAUUUAUUUAGUGUCGCUUAUAAUUAUUUGACAAGAGGAUGGACCCCCUUACCAUCAUCCUCAAACGUGGAAAUUAUUAACAUUAUUGAGCACAAAAAUUUGUAA